GAUUAUCCAAGCACAAACGAGUCUGGUGGUGCUGGUGCAUUAUCAUUAGUCGUGAGCGCGGAACAGCGCGGUAUUGCCGUCUCGCGUCUUCUAUUGUAUUGUUUUGUUAUUUUGUAUAUAUACCUACAGUCAUAGUGGAGGAAUGUCUAACUACGCUCCCUACACCACAGCUGCAGCCGUGACCGCCGGCGUGCUCGGCAGCGCGUAUUGCGCCUACCACAUCUACCAACGCAGCAAGCCGAGGAUACCCACGGAGUGGACGCAAGUCGGCACGCUACAGAAGAUCUACACUUACCCGAUCAAGUCGUGUGGCCCUGUGGUACUGGAGACGGGGGAAUGCUCGACUCUGGGACUGAAGGAUGGGUGGUUGAGAGACAGAGUUCUGAUGGUGAUAGAUGAGAAGGACAACUUCGUCACAGCGCGAGCGUACCCGGAGAUGCUGCUGGUGUCCCCGUGUGUGCGCAGCUCUGUACUCACGCUCACACACAAGCACGACAAGCAGGUCCCGCCCGUGCACGUCAAUUUGGCAGAGGUGAUCGCGCUUCAGAAGCCUACUGAAGCCAAGGUGUGGGGUGUGCCAGUGCCGGUCUUUGACUGCGGCAAGGAAGUCUCAGAAUGGUUUAACAAACAUCUGGGUCGCCCGUCCAGCACUUUCCGCCUAGUGUACUACGCUACGCAGCAGCCCAGGGAACUUAGAAGCAGCACUAACAAAAUCUACAAGUUUACUAAGAAUGAUACGGGCGCACUUCCUGAUGAAACCCCAUUCAACUUGAUAAACGAAGCAUCAGUCGAAGACCUCAACACACGCCUGCAGCUCACAGACCGUGUGUCGCACCACUUCUUCCGUCCCAACUUCAUACUACAAGGGGCUCAAGCUUAUGCUGAAGACAACUGGAAGUUCCUUAAGAUAGGGAACGUCGUGUUUGAGAUCCUGAAGCCAUGUACUAGAUGUGUGUUGACUACUAUCGACCCGGAGACAGGCGUCCGCAACCCCAACACGCAACCGCUGGAAACAUUAAAGAGCUACCGUCAAAUCGAGGACCCCGAGGUGCGGCGCUCGGCCGGCAACUCCCCGCGCAUGGGGCUGCAGAUGGCGCUGCGCUCGCCGCCCGGCGAAUGGGUUAAACUCAACGACCCCAUCUAUGUCGCGUGAUGUUGUUCACAUCUUCGUAGGGUGCAUGCGUGUACUGUCCAUGUCCAUACGCACUAUACGCAGACCUAGCCUUACAGUCGCCGGCAAUAAUAUCGUACAAAAACAAGGCUGCAUCUUACAUGCACUUAUGGCUUUUGCGGCCUUCUUUUUGUGCGAUUUAUUGCCGGUGACCGUACAGUGCGUAUAUACUUUGAAGUUAAUGAAAUAGUAAUAGUAAAAUUUUAUAGACGUCCAACUGUGAAUUAAUCGUAUCUUAUCUUUUUUACGCUAGUCAUUUCUACCAGUUUUUUUUUUUAAAUAAAUGUCAUAUACAAAGAAAAAGUGACCAAGGCCUCCAAGUGUUCCGAGCUGGAAUCGAACCAGCGUACUCCGUUAACCGGACGGAUGCCUGUAAAACCACUCGGCCAU